UCGAACGAUUCAGAAUUUUUCUAUUGUGUAAUAUUGUAUAAAAGCCCGGGAGUUCAUGAUGGAGAGUCUGCAGACGAAGGAGACUGUGCAGACCGUUGGCAGCCGUUCUUUCAAAGCUGGCGAUGUUGUACUGUGCUGCGAGCCGUUGGUGUGGGCACUGGAAAGGAGCGCUUACAAAACCCGCUGUGUCUUCUGUCUGCAAAGAAGCCAGGAUCUGCGCAGCUGCUCAGGAUGCAAGCUGCAUCGGUACUGCAGCAAAGUUUGUCAGACCGCUGACUGGAAAAUGGAGCACAAGCUGGAAUGCGCUCUGUUGAAGACCGCGACGGGUGGUAGCAUGGAAGCGACGGGCGGACCAUCGGGCAGCUCUAUGCAGUACUUCCUCAAGACACCGCGAGAACUCAUCGUCAAGCUGGCCAAUAAACUCAAAUUGAAUCCGAUGUCUGAUAUCCCGGGAAUAGGCCGAAAAUCCGCCCGGGAACUGUGGCACAUGCUACCGUCUCAUCCCAGAUUGGGUUUGGUGGAGACCACGAUGGAAAUAGCGGCUAAUCCCAACCGACCGAUGGAUAUUGCCCUAACCGACGUCGUGGAAUACUACUCCAAUGUCGACCACAACGCUGUGCCCAUCCUGGAUACGGUGAACGAUCCGGCGCCCAUUGGGAUAGCAGUGUAUCCUCUGGCGUCCCCUCGCCUCAUGACGCCGGUCUGUUGGGAUAAGAAUGUGUUGUGCAGCUUCCGUGGACGACGUUUGAUUAUUCACGCGAUGGAGGAUAUUCCCAACUAUACCGGACUGAAAGAUUUGCGAUACAAUAACAUGCCAGAACCAUACCAUCUCACACGAGCUGAGCGGCGCGUUUUGUUCGAGAAUCUGCACGGAUACCCCUGCAACUGCCGGAAAUGCACACCAGAAUAUGAGGCUGAUAUAAAUCCGUUGAAAUGUAUUACCGUGGGCUGCGCGAAUCGCAUUCCGAGCGAUAUUCGUGCUCUUCAACCGUGUAUCGAAUGCGGUGCGUUGAACAAGGAGCGGCUGAAGGAGUACCGUCAUUUCAUGGCGCAGUACGAGGCCAUUAAGGCACGCUUUCCCGAGGGAUUCUGCUCGGCUAUGCAUCUGCUGGUCGAUUUGUGCAAGAAAUUGGACGCUGUUGGUAUUGUGCAGCCCGGGGCGCAUCUUCGCUACAUGUGCGGCUGGGAAUUACCGCAGAUACUGUAUAAAGAGAAUCGCUUUGAGGAGGGCUGGAAGAUGACGCAGGAGUUGAUUGUGUUCAUGCGGGACGUUUAUCCAAAAUACGAUUAUUUUCGCGCGAUGCGGCUGUCAUUGGCUGGAGUAUCUUCUGCUGCCUGUCUAAAGCAACUCGUGGAGGAGCAGAUUGGUCGGCUGUCAGCAAAGAACAGACAAAAACUGAAGUCCAUGUCCGACCAAGCGUGUGCUGUCAUUUCUGAUUACUGCCGCGAAGCCAGCGACAUUUUGCGUCGGUUGUAUGGUGAGAACUCGAAGGAGACUAUCAAGGACAACAGUAUGAUCGCACUGGCCCAUGCUAUCGUGCGCGACAUCGAGAAAGCCUUUCGGGACCGCAAAUAG